CUUGUUACGGUGAAGGAAGGAAAAGAUCAAACCUUGACUUGACAUGCAAGUAGUGCCAUUAUUCAGCUGGAAUUCAGACGCAUGCAACAGAGAACGCCAUGUCCGAUUAUUGCUGGUGCUGUCACCUACGCCAUGGCUUUUUCAAUUGAGAGGUUUUGCUUCCUUGUGCUCUGUUCCUUUCUUUGCAUUGCAACUCUGGUGGGAGUAGCUUCAAUCACUAUUAUCUUUGUCCUGAGGCCGCGAAAACCCAUUUUCUCUCUUCAAUCUCUAAGAUUGGAUUCCUUCAAGGUAGACUCUUCUUCUACUAGUUGGGAUGUAUACAUCUCAUCUGUGGUUUCUUUAACUCUGAAUGCUAAAAAUCCUAACAAGGUUGGACUAAGAUACAGUUCUUCACGACUCCACAUCUCAUCUGCUGCGGGAAACCCAAUAGGAGUUGUUGAAGUUGCUGAGUUCUGCCAACCACCUCAUAGCAACAAUGUGAGUGUGCAGACGCAUGUUGUGCUCCAACAUGUCAGCAUCCGCCAAUUAACUUCUGAUACCAUCGCAUUCAAUGACUUGGACUCCUCUCCAAAAAGCCUGGUGGUGGUCAAAGUGAGAAUACUGGGUGAUAUUCGAGCACGUCUCCUUCUCUUCCAUCUCACCUUGCCAAACAUCAAGGUUGCCCUUGAUUGUGAGAUCAACAUUGAUUACCGGAGCUUUUUACUCAGCAAUUUAGUUUAUCCCAUGAAACGGGACCAAUACAAUAAGGUACCCCUGUUCACAAAGCUUCCAUCAUUCUCCAACAACUGUUCCAUAUCAAUUUACAUUUAAAACAAUUUAUACUUUUUCUUUUUGAUUGUGAUAUUCAAUGUAAAUAUUCAAAUUUCAAAUCGUUAUUGGAAUGAUCUAUACAUAAAUGUAUACCCGUGUUCG